AUGACGCUCUUCAAUCCAACCACCGUCCUCGUCGGCUUCCUCCUCCUCUAUCUCGCUUCUUUCCUCAUCUUCGCUAUUGUCCGUAUCGCAACCGGGAUUUCGAUUCAGCGGAUCGGGUAUUUUUCGCUGCGGCGCAUUGCAUACGUUCCAUCGGAAGGGGUACAGAUAGAACUCCGCGGGCUUGGGCUAUCCUUGCAUCCCCCCUCGUUCGCCCAACCGACAUGGCUGAGUCUGCGACUCACGGAUCUGAAGAUUACGCUGGACCCAUCGGCAUCAGGGAAACGGAGCAGUUCUACGACGAAACUGUAUACAGAUGAGGCUCAGAGUCAGUCCGAGGACGAACCGCUCAAUCAACAAUAUCGGAAAGGCGAAGCUGCUUCUGCACGAAAGAAUAAAACAUGGGCAACCUUCAAUCGGGUCAAAGAGCGGGUGAAGCGGAUACACCGGAUGGUUCACUGGUUGAGACUGGUGGAUAUUGUCGCCGUCAAUACUACGAUCAAUUUUCUCGAAGCCGGACAGAUUCAAAUUGGGACUUUGUCGAUGGCAGUAGAUACAAGACGCAAAAUGGUGGAUCGGGGAAAGGUGUUUCGCCGGAAAAAGGGCGAAUCUGGUGAACAACGCCCUGCCGAGUGGAUCUUGAAUGUGCACAAUGUCCAGGUGGCUGUCGAUGGCAACGAGCCGAUCGAGGUGCUAGAUAAUGUUGGCGUGAACAUCCAUGGGAUCCUGCAUAAAGGACUUGAUGGCUUGCGGGAUGCGUCGGUCGCUUUCAAAAUCGGGAGGAUGCAUAUACCUUAUGAUGACUUGACGCUUCUGGUGCAGCGAAUCAAGCAAUCCAGAAAACCCCUAGUGCAGGUAGACGUUACCAAACCCGACGAGGAAGUCACCUUUGCCGACUACGUGGAAGAGCUCAAGAAGCCCGGCAGCACAGAUGAGACAAUUGUCGAGACCGUGACUGCCUCGAAGGAGUUUGCUGGUUCACUUCUGCGCGGAAUCCAGGAGAUUCAGGUGGCACUAAGCUUCUUCAGACUAUCUCGAUCUGUCCAGUCACCGUCGCCUGGACAAAGCUCUGUUUACCUGAAUGUUGUUUCGCAUGAGAUCGGCAUCGAUCUCCACCGGAUGGACCAGACGAGUCCAGCACAUCGGAUGUACUUCCAACGUACUGACGUUGCUCAUCAAGCACUUCUCGCCGCUAUCUCUCUAUCCGUAAGCCUGGAUGACAGCUCAGGAGAAACGGAUAAUAUCCUGUAUAUACCCAUGGCAACUACGACUAUUAAAACAACUUUGCCGUCCAAAACACUCAGUUCAUAUGAUGGGUUCAACGCGGAGGAACGAAAUACCAACAUUCUCUUCGCCAACUUGGUGGUCACCUCUCCCGCUCUCGACUUGGAGCCUAGGCAUGUCUCGCGACUCUUAGGUCUAGCUCAGACGAAGGCAUCCACUUCCCGAGGCAAGAAGAGAGCCAGAGGUCAACUAAUAUCUCGCUUACUUCCCAAGGCAAAUAUCAAGCUAUCGGUUCAUGAGCCUGUGGUUCGAUUUGUUCUUCCCAUUCCAGAUUCUUCAUCCACAGGGGAGGACGACUACAACCUCCUUAUUUCAUCAAUAUCUUCUAUAUCUGUGGAUGUUGAAUCCUCCCAUUCCUCUGAGGGAGGUGCCCACUACUCGCUUUCCUCUAUUUAUCGAGUUGCUUCGCAUAAAUUCUACUACCAGACACCGUCCGGCAUCAAACAUAAUCUCUUGACAACCGACAACAUGGAGCUUAAGCUUCUUCUAAGCGCGUCGCCAGAGGUGUGCGUUGUGGUUUCUGGCAGUCUAAACAAUUUUUCUGGCCAUAUGGUCAAUAGCGAGGUUAAUCGCGGGAUUCAACAAGUCGUGGAGCAAUUUCGUGCCCAAAUUCGACCCAAGAAAAAGUACGGCUUGCCAGGCGAAGACCGGAAGCCGAGUAUUCUGCGGCGUCUUCCUCCUUGGCUACUUAGAUUCCAAUUCGAGGCCACCGGGUUCAGCUUAGAGAUCGCCGGCGUUGAUGAGAGUGUGUCGAAAGUGACGCGGGGCGUUUCGUUACAACUCCAAUCCUGGACAGCUGAUUACCGAGCUCAGAAGACAGAGCCUACUGCAGUGAGCGUUGUACGUCGACGAACUCCCAGUCACUCCACCAUUGGUGACGAGUCGCCGUUCAGAUUCAAUCCAACAUCUCCUCCUAAGCAAACCCGACCUGGAGCUGCUGAUGGGAGACGGUUGGCUUUCCAUGCUCGCGGUUUUGAGGGAUUCGUUAUUGAAUCCGAAGACUACCUUGAGUCUGAGCCAUUCCUCUCGCUCCCAAGGUUCGAGAUAGCCCUCAGCACGUCAAGUGAUCGCCUGGGACCGAUAUUCCAUGUAAACUCUCUUAUCAAAGGCGUUUACCUCCAAUAUUCCCUGUACCGAUACUAUUGUCUCAGCGUUGCUUUGUCAGUACUUCAGAAGGCGUUCUUACCAUCCUCGCAAAAGCAACCGUCAUCCCCAAAUGUUGCGGGUGAUACUUCGCCUCCACUUUCCCCUCGCUUGGCUAUCCAGCGGGGCGAGCUUAUCACAGUGGACAUAAAAGCUACCGUGCUUCAAGUCAAGACAUUUAUGCCAGCAGACCCACCGAUGUUGCUGCAAGUAUACGGCGUUACUGCCGGCUCUCAUCGACAUUCCGCUCCGUUCGUUCGAGCCCAUCUGGUUCGGUUACAUGCUGAAGCACCCAAGCUCAGAGGCGUCUGGGCACGAAUAGUCAGCAUGAAUAAUUUCCGACUGGACUUGCGGAAAAUGAAGCUGAAGCAGGGCAAGUCUUUGGUAGAGGAUAAAUCGAUCGACGUUUGGACGGACUUUGUACGCAUCGGUGUUCCUCACCACAUGAUCAUGCAUCGCAUUUUCGACAAUGUGAUCAACACUUCCAAAGCUUUGAAACAACUACAUCACCGCUUAAAACACCAAAUUCCCGACUUCGUAUCUGCUAGGGACCCAGAAGGGCCAAAGAAAGUCCCUAAGAUCUCAUUCAGAAGUAAAGCUCUGCUUUUCGAGUUGGAGGACGAUGCAUUUGAGUGGAAGCUUGGUUGCAUAUAUCGGACUGGCCUUAUUGAACAGCGUCAGCGCCGCGCUAGAGAGGAUGCGUUUCACCUCAAACUCCAGAAGCUCAAGGAAUCUGACCAAAGGCGAGCUUCUUCGAGGUUGCGUACUCGAUCCAGCCACCGAACACUGCGCAGCGAGCGGGUCAGUUCAGACUCUCGCAGGAGCAAGAGCGCGGAUCCAAAGCCGAGAAACGAUAGAGCAGAGGAGAAAGAGGAAAAGCGCGGGCGUGCACAUAGAUUCCGCUACGAUACCGAAGGAGCGUCGUCUUUUUCCAACGAAGCGAAGGUAUCGUCGGAAAGUGCUUGGUAUUGGCUCCAGCACUAUAAUGCGCGCAGCUGGAAAGCCAAGAUCGAUGCGGCUCUACAGUUUCAAAACUCUACAAUCAGAGAGGUUCGAAAUCUUUUUGAGGGUGCUGACGAUCCUCCAGAAGAUGUGCAAGAAACCGAGACAGUGCUGGCUAUUCCAAAUAGACCUGCUCUCAUGGCAGCUCUAAUUAGCGACAUAAAUCUGACCAUCGAUAAACCCACAUUUCCUUCGGAAAACUACCCUCUUUUCCUCCAUAAUAUUGGCAAAGGCAUGCCGAUGUCUACGAAGUAUGCGUUACUGAUUCCGAUGAGCAUUCAGCUGGACAUGGGUGAGGCUCGCGUCAACCUGAGAGACUACCCCUUGGAUUUGCUGCACAUACCAGGGCUACGGCCUGGACAAUCACCUAGGCUUCCUAGCUGGUCACUCCGAACCAAUUUUGUAAUUGCAGAGGAAUAUCGUGAUUACAAGUCGUCCAGAAAAGUCAAUGUGGAACUUGUCCCGUCAUCCGAAAUGUCUGAUGGAACGACGAGCCCACCAUUCCUGCUUGAUAUAUGGCGGUCUGUCAGUCCUGUGAAGACUUACUCAGAUCCGGUCAUUGAAAUCAACACGAAUCUCCCUACGAGCAUAUCUUGGGGCAUGUCCUAUCAACCCGUUAUUCAAGAUAUGAUGAAGAUCAUUGAGGGUUUCACUAAAGUCGAAAUUGACCCGUCUGAAAGAGUCGGGUUCUGGGACAAGAUCAGACUGAGCUUUCACUCGCGUAUCCGAGUCAAGUGGAAGGAGGAUGGUGAUGUCCAUCUGCGGUUGAAGGGCUCUCGUGAUCCUUACGUCGUAACCGGUUUUGGCUGCGGAUUCGUGAUGUGCUGGCGUAAGGAUGUCCAGUGGAAUAUCCAUACAACUGAUGAUCCGAAAGAGUUCAUGAGCGUAACCAGCGGGGAAUACGUCCUUGCAAUCCCCGACUACAGCCAUGAAGCCAGAUAUUUGGCCGAGGCAACAGCGGAAGACCUUGAAACGAGCUCAAUGUCUAGUGAUCAGAAAAACGCCGCUCAGUUCAAGAAGGUCAUUAUGAAGUUAUCGGGUGACGUGAAAUGGGCAGCCGGUCUGGUUUUCGAACGCAAUGUCAACGAGAAUGAGCGCUCGACGGAGUUUAGACCCCACUAUGAUGUUGUCCUGCGGAAUCCAAACUAUAUCAACCCCUCAGAACGAGAGGAUUACGAUGCUUAUCGCGGUUUCCGGAGCAAUCACAUUCACCUUUCCGUCGCAAUCAUUGCUCCCAAUAGCAAGAAUUGGAAUGCGGACUCUGAACAACCAACUACAAGCUACAAUACUGUUCAUCUAACUCCUCGGUUCUUUACGCAUUUCUACAGCUGGUGGUCCCUUUUCUCUGGUGUUAUGUCGCUGCCCGUUCGCCAGGGACGACUGUGGCCUGGAAUCACUAAGACAAACAAGAAAUUCAACCGGCAUUUGGCUACCAUCAAGUAUAAGUUGCUUCUGGCUCCUCUCUUUGUUGCCCACAUUUAUAAACACAAGGAUCCUGAAGAUUAUGUCGACGAUAUCGUUACUGCUACUGGGAUCAAGGUUCGGUUGGACAGCUUGAAGUUGGAUGUUCAUCAAAGACGAGAGCAGAUCAAGACUCCAUCCAAAGGUCGGCUCAAGCAACCCCAGGCAAGUGCGAUACGGAUCUACAGAGCCGAGUUGGACUUGCAGGCUGCAGACUUUAGGGCUGUCUCGGCGAGUAUCGAAGGGACAGGUGCAGAUGAGCUCGAAAAGAAGCGGGACGACAUUAUAUCAUCCUUCCAGCAACCAGUCCCUCCCGCAGAUCUUUCACGCUUCACUAUCCCCGACCACAAUCUCGACUGGGUCGAUAUGGAUGACUUUGUCGAACUUGAUUGGAUACUCCCACAAGAGUCUAACCCUCGGACGAAGAUUCUACCUUUGGCUUUCACCCCUCGCUUCACAUACUUCAGACAAACAGACCAAGAGGAGGUCUCUGCUGGUCAAACAGGGUAUAGUAGCUUCGGGCACGAGGAUACCCACGAAUGUGUCAUGUCUGAUAGGAACCAACCCCGCCGUGUGCAAUUAGCGCUCAUUCAAGACCGCCUUGCAACUAUCGAGGCUAAGAUACAGGAAUGCACUCGAUCAAUCGGUGACCUGGAACUACAAAUGGCAAAGGACGUAGAUCAGAACGAGCAAUUGAGAGUUCAGCACAGAGAAUACCUUCGUCAAGCUGCAUCUCUGGCCAGAAGACGCGCUUUCUUGACCGCAGGGCUCCAUCGCUUGGAGAAGCAACUUAACCAGAGCAAAAGUACCGAGACGUACCAGAGUGAAAGCACUCGGGCGGAUGCUGACUCGGAUUCGGCAAGUGAUGGGAAAGAAGCUGACUUUGAUGGGCUAUACUCUUCCCCACAUGACGACCUGAACAGCGACUUCAACAACCGGUUCAUGAUCCACAGCGUCCAACUAAAGUGGAAUAACUCACUGAGAAAUAUUAUACUUCGAUAUAUCCACCAGGUCAGCCAGCGGCGAGGGUUUGUGUACUACAUGUCUCGGCGAGCUGUCAAAUUUAUCCUCGAUAUCGUCGAAGAGCAGAGCAAGAACCAAGCCACGUAUUCGAAGUUGUUCAGGGGCUCAUCAAGACGGCCUUCUGAUGUUCACGAUGAUGAUGACAGUGUUGAAGACCGAAUUGAGCAGUUGCUUCACGAUGCCAAGCGCUUCGUCAGCGCGGAGGAACAGGAUCCACCUGAACAGAAAGAUCCGCCGACUGUCAGGUCUGAUUCAAGCGAGAGCAUAUCCCCUGAGUUUACUGCUCAGAACAGUUACCACCUGCGGCUGAUCGCGCCUCAGAUCCAGCUUCAAAGUGAGAAGAACCACAAGUCUGUUAUUCUGGUCGCUGCAAAGGGCAUGCAACUGCAGGUCGUCUCUAUAAUGGACAAAGAACGUGUCUUCGACGACGUGAGCGGUCUCGUCCAACGCCGGUUCACCCUCAACAUGGACGGCGCUCAAUUCUUUGUUGCAACGCAGAAGAACCUGAUGACGCAUCUGCAGUUCUACGCCGGUAACAAGUACGGCAAUGCGCCGGGGUCUGCUUGGCCGCCGUGGUUGACGCUUGAAGCCAUGUUUGAUUUUGAGCUCAAUCCGUUCGGUUUCUCAAGGAUCAUUCAGAAGACUUCCGCUAGUUUGCGUUAUGACAAGUACAAUAACCUCCGCUUGAAGUAUAACGAUGAGGUAGCCAAGGGGCAGCCGGAUGAGCUAGGACAUCCUGACGGACAAGAAACUCGAAUGGACAGUAUCAGCGUCGAUUUUCCUCAAUUUCGCGCUAUUUGUGAUUCUGCUGAGUAUUACACGCUGUAUAUCAUCGUUCUCGAUCUGCUGCUUUACAGUGAACCUCUUGAGAAAGUUCGGAACGAACGUCUUGAACGAAUCAUGUUUACGUCGGACUUCAGUGACUUAAGGGGCGCUCCAGAGAUGGUUUACAAACUGCAGUCACGCAUUCGACAAUUGGAGGAGAUCAAGGAACAUUUCCAAAUCCAUGCUAAGUACCUCGAUAAGCGUGGUUGGGAGGAUCGGUUGAUUUUGGAGAAGGAUAUUGCCCGGUGCGAGGAUGAGCUAUUCUUCUUGAUGAAGGCAAUCACUACCUCACAAAGGAAAGUUGAGCCAACUGUGACAGGAGCAACGGGUCUCUUGCGUUGGAAUAUCUCCGCCAGUGAGAUCGUUUGGCACUUGAUGAAGGACGAGUCAGAGCCACUAGUAGAAUUUCAGCUGAGGAACGCUGAAUACGACCGCACUGAUAAUACUGAUGGUUCGAACCACAACCAAGUGUCCGUUGAGCGACUUUACGGCCUGAAUCUCCUUCCGGAUGCAGUGUAUCCGCAGAUCAUCGUGCCGUAUCUUGACCAGGCACGACGUCUUGAAGGCCCUGAUGACUAUAUGAUCAAGAUCAAAUGGCAUAUGCUGGAGGCCGUUGCUGGAAUUCCUGUUGUGGAUGACUUCGAAGUGUCAUUGUUCCCGCUGAAGAUCCAAUUGGAACAUGAGCUUGGGCAGAGAGUAUUCGAGUACAUGUUCCCGAAUGUUGGGUCGACCGCAUUCGAAAAUGGUGGCUUUUCGCCUUUUAUGAUAAAAAACGUCAAGCCAUUGGAGAGUCUUGAUUCCGACGACGAGGAGUCUGGUCAAACCUCUCCCUCCAGCCUACAACAUCAUAGCGACACAUCUGGAGACGAUCCCGCAAAGGGCCCUAGUCCACUUGAGCUGAGACUUCAACCCACGUUGUCUUUAUCCGAGAACCCCCGGCUUGAACGCCGGCCCACGCAUCUUAAGGCCUUUGCGAUGACACCAAUUCACAAGGAGAGCGGCCGGCAGCAAGCACGACCAGCCAGCGCAUUGGUCAAGAAGAAAUCCGCUGACAGUCUUCGGGUUCUGUCGCGGCAAGCUACGUCCCUUUCGGCGAACGGCGUCAACGACGAAAAGGGGAAGAAAUUCGGCUUGGGAAUCAUGGGCGGCAAGGGUAAAGGCAAGAAGGGCAUCGACGAUUUUGCCCAAAUGAUGGCGCGCGCAUCUAACUACAUGACCCUUGCCCAUGUCCGGGUCCACGAUGUCGUCCUUUGCGUUAGCUAUAAGGGCAAAGGAGAGCACAACAUUGAAGAUCUGCAUGACUUCGUUUUCCGCCUACCUAUCCUCGAAUACCGGAACAAAACAUGGUCAAACCUCGAUUUAGCCCUGCGGCUCAAGAAAGAUGUCAUCAAGGCGCUCAUCUCCCACGCACCUGCCAUUCUUGGUAACAAGUUCUCCCAUCACCGGCCUUCAAAACAGCAAUUGAGACGCUAUCGAGAGCUGGCGACUUCAUCUCAGCUUCUGAAUAACCAAGACACGGGCACAUCGCCGCCCGAGAACGGUACAAGCCCCAGCAUGGCUAGCGCAGACUCAAGCAGUGGAUACCUGUCGGAGUCGCAGUCUCAUCGUUCGUCUCCUCUGGCUCGGUCGAAUUCUCUGGGGUCGAGCAUGUACAGUGGCAAGGACCAAAGUGGGUUAUUUGACUCGCGCUCUGCGAGUGAAGUCGACGUGGAUGCGCGCUGGGAGCAAUCUCGUCGAAUCGUCAAUCCCCCUGCACGGCCCGUGACCUCCGGCAGUGCGAUAACACGCUCUGAUACAGCCCGGAAGAUAGACUGGUCUGAAGAUGGUCAACUAUCCGCAACCUUGGCCGCAAACUACUCCCUGGUCGGAAGUAACCUACCACAAAACGGCCUUCACACCUCACAUCUCUUUAGACACCAUCCACCAUCGAUGGACUCUCUCGCCCUCACCUCGCAAAAAUUUCCUUCGCAUUCUACACUCAUAAUAUUCCAUCUUUAUCAAGAUACCCCAGACGGAGAAAAACCGGAGAUACGGUACGGAACGAAUUUAGCGAUUUGCGUCUCUGAUCAGGUGUGCUUGUCUCGUCGUGGCUGUGUGGAUGGCACGUGGCAUCCAUCUCGCUUGAAUUCUCGCUGCAGGGCACCCGACUGGACUGAACUGAAGUGGAUCAAAUUGUACAUGGGCUUGAAUCUUAAGCGCAAGGUCUUAACAUUGCCUUUCAUUGACUGCAUUGGCACCUCGGCAGCCUUUGAUGCCCGUGUCGCUCCAAUAACGAGCCAUAUCGAUCUUGGCUCCUCGGCCAUGCGGGCUCAGUUGCAAUUUCUGAGUGUCUUCCGGUGGCAGGUUCUUGCGAACGGUGACCGGUUCGGACACAUCGUCAGGGGACUUGGGGCUUAA